GAGGCUAUUAGCAUAAAACAAUUACGUAAAGGAGAGAAAAAAGGUGAAGAGGGAGGAAAUUUACACAGCCAGGCUGAGCCUAAUAAAUACUAUACUGAAUUAGGGGAUUCUUUGAUUUAG